UUAUGCUAAGAUUACUAAAGUACCACUGUUGAAAUCAUUUCCUUGUUAACAGAUCGGAGAAUAUUAUACGAGUUCUUGAAUUUCAAACUCGAAUCUUCUUGAACCCUAAAAUCCAUCGCAGCUCGCAUCCUCGAUUCCGUCAGUAUUUGUUGCUGUUUUGAUCUUUUUGGAUUGGUUGAUGGGUUUGAUUUCAUUUUUUUUUGAACGGCCAACAAAAACGGAAUUAUUAUAUCAACCGCUGGAUUAACAACUGUUAAUCAGAGCCAGCAAACAUACAUACAGAGAAACAUAAACAUACAAAGUACAACUUGGAGCUAUUACUCCCACACCAAGCAUACAUCAGACGCCCAAGGCUGCUGCACCAAAAUUAUUCCACUGGUUCCAAGUCAACAAGGAUUUUUUUGCUCGAUUUUUAUACCAUAUAAAGCUCGCCGCCUUAAUUUCCUCAAAAACAUUAUGGAAUCGUGGCUGUUUUCUGUUAAAAACUAAGUCGUUACGGCUUCGCCGAAUGCACCACACAACGUUUGCAUAACCAUAUAAACGACCUUUUUCCAUUUAACCGAGCCACUGACAUGCUGAUGAAAUCGCAUCAAAUCCUUACGUUCCAGCACAAAAAUUGAGUUGACUCUGACCCAUUUACUGAUCUCCUCCCAUAUCCUUUGCGCGAACGAGCACGAGAUGAAAAGAUGUCUAUGACAUCACUAGCGAGGUGCACAUUAACAUUAACAUCUGCAACAUGCCAAAAUCCUCAGCCGAUGAGAAGAUCUUAAGUUAUAACGACGUCGUGCUCAGGCAAUCCGAUUUAACGAUUCUAAACGGUCCAUAUUAUCUUAACGAUCGCAUAAUCGAAUUUUACUUCAGUUAUCUUUCUUCAUCACAUCCUUCCGAACACAUUCUACUCGUCCCACCUUCAAUCACUUUCUGGAUAAUGAACUGUCCCGACAUCAGCAGCCUCAACGAUUUCCUACAACCCCUAAACCUACCAUCGAAACAGCUAAUAAUCUUCCCCGUAAACAACAACGAUGAUGUAACGGCGGUAGAAGGCGGCAGCCACUGGAGCUUACUUGCAUUUGAGAAAGCCACUAAUGUAUUCGUGCAUCAUGACAGUUAUGGUGGUAUGAACAAGAAUGAUGCAAAACGCCUUUAUAGAACGCUUGUUCCGUAUACGGGUGGUUCUGGAUCACGUUAUGUGGAAUGUGAGAGCAGCCCGCAACAAGUUACGGGUUAUGAUUGUGGUUUGUAUGUUUUAGCCAUUGCGAAGGAAAUAUGUGACUGGUUUGAUGGCAAUUCGACAAAGAAUGAGGAUUUGUGGUUUGCGAAAGUUGAGGAACGUGUUACUCCUGAAAGGGUUUCGGGUCUUCGUGUCGAGAUUUUGGAGUUGAUAACGAGUUUAAGAGGAAGAAAGUGAUGAUUUGUGGUAUGAUGUAUUUUGGAAUUAACCUGUUUGAUAUGUUUGGAUGGAAUCUCAAUGAAUGAAAUGUUUCAUCUUCAUAUUUGUUAGUUUGUAGGAUUGUAAUGAGUAUAUUAAUGAUUUCGCUUUUGUUUACAUAAUUUGUAUUUGUGAAUGAAUGUUGGUUUAUGUUUGUAUA